CAAAAGGAAAACUGCAGUUAGAUCCCUUAAUCACCCUUAAAUCUGGCUUCCUAAUCACUUCUCUUGCCACAGCCAUCUCCGUCUCUCUCCCUCUGUUCAAGAAAAAAAAAAUAUAGCAAAAACAUGAGCUUUUCUCUCAGUCCCUGGUUCUGCACAAUCCCUCCACCUUUACUGCUUUAAUCUCCAGAAAGAUCUUGCGUCGCUUUACUUUCUUUUCAUUCUUUUCUCGAUGGGUUUCUAGGAAAAUGAAACAGUCAUUUACUUUGCUCAUGCAAAUACUGUUUUUAUUCAUUUUCCAUUUGAGAACAAGAGAUGCUUGUUCGUUUUAAGCUGCUGCUUGUAUUUGUAACUGUAGGAUUGAAUCAAGAAUAUAGGAUUUGAUACUGAUUUCUUGAGUUCUUGAAUUUCUGGGCUCCAGUGCUUUUUGCUUUCUUUCAGCAGCAGCAGCAGCAGCAGCAGUAGGAGUAGAAGCAGUAGUGAAAAGAGAUAGAGAAGAGGAUAAGAAAAACAAAAAAAAGGAGGAAAAUGAUAGGGUCAGGGAUAAAUUUAGUGAUGACAGUGAUAGGAUUUGCUGUGAGUACUAUGUUUAUAGUUUUCGUCUGCACUCGUCUGGUUUGCGCUCGGAUUCAGCUCAACGCAUCAAGACGCUCAUUUCCUAUCACUUCCAGAUCUGAUCUUAGCAUCCUGGAACGAGGAUUACAUGGCCUUGAGGCUGUAGUUGUAGCCAACUUUCCAAUAAAGAAGUACAAUGAACAACUUUUCUUGGCUUCGGAAGAUGCAAAAUGCACGGUUUGCCUUGCAGAAUACCAUCAUGAAGAUAUCUUGCGUAUUCUCCCAUACUGUGGCCACUCCUUCCAUAUGACCUGCAUAGACAUGUGGUUACAACAGCAUUCUACCUGCCCUGUUUGUAGAAUAUCAUUACGUGAACAUCCUGGGAAAAAGUUAACGAUGCAGCCCUUGUUCAGCUCAGCUAUCCGCUCUCCAUAUGGCACAGAGUCCUUUGAUGCCAAUGGCUGCAACUGCUUGUUGGCCGGGCAUGGGCUUUCAUCAAGAACUCAUGACAAUCGUUUGAUGGACUCCAUUGAAGAGAGUCACUGUGCAUCUGAAGACCCUGAAGCAGAAACUGGGCAAAAUUUAUCCCCCAUAACUGAGAGUAAUCAGAUUGCAAAAGACUCUGGAAAUAAGCAUUUAGAAAGCCCAUCGAAUAUCUAAAUCCUAUAGUAUAUGCGAAUCUACGCUUUUAUUCAUUGACACAACCAGUUUGAGAGCUCAAAUCUCAUUAGAUUAUUGUAGGAAAUGAAUGUAUUUGAAUAGAUCAAGAAAAUUUGUUACCCCAGACAAUACAUAGGCUAAUCUUUUAAA